AUGAGCAGCACCUCCUCGGAUGAAAGCGCGGAAGGAAGCGCCGAAAGUUUAGCACUGCUGGGGCAACAGAGAAGCGACGCCGAACGGGAAAGUUCAUUUCAACCGACCGUCAACGGACAGAUAGACGGCAAGCAACGCGGAGAAACUCCUUCUAUGAUGGCGGGUGUUGUGGGGGACAUUGGACCGUUUGAUGACACGGUGGAGCAAUGGAGCGCCUACACGGAGCGUUUUGAAUUCUUCGUUCUAGCAAAUGGCAAACAGUUUAGUAAAAUUGACUUGAACCAGGCCUACCUACAGAUGCCGGUGGACCCCGAGUCCAAAGAGUUACUGACAGUCAGCACACACAAGGGCCUUUUUCGGUACCGCCGUUUGGCUUUUGGCAUAACAUCGGCCCCUGCACUCUUCCAAAAGGCCAUGGAUCAGAUUCUGGUGGGCCUCCCAGGGGUGCAGUGUUACUUGGACGAUAUCCUUAUAACGGGGAGGGACAACGCCGAUCAUCUUCACAACCUGGACAGGACACUACAGAGGCUGAGGGAACACGGACUGAAAGUCCGCAAGGAGAAAUGUGAGUUUUUUCAGUCCUCCAUUGAGUACCUAGGUCACGUGAUCGAUGAUAAAGGUCUACACAAGGCCCCCUCCAAGACCAAAGCCAUUUUGGAAGCCCCAGCACCACAAAACGUCAACCAGUUACGCUCAUACCUGGGGCUCCUGAACUACUAUGGUCGGUUCAUCCCCAAUCUCUCCACCUUAUUGAAGCCCCUCCACGAGCUACUGAGGCACGGUAAGAAAUGGGAGUGGUCAGAGGCUUGCCAGAUAGCUUUCACCAGCUCGAAGAAAGCCCUGCUGAACUCGGAGGUGCUUACACAUUUCAACCCAGCACUGCCACUUCAGUUGGCCUGCGACGCAUCCCCCUAUGGAGUUGGCGCGGUGGUCUCACACAUCAUGCCGGACGGCACGGAUAAACCCAUCGCUUUCGCCUCUAAGACCCUUAAUAAGGCUGAAUGUAACUAUGCACAGAUCGAGCGGGAGGCACUGAGCAUCGUGUUUGGAAUAAGGAAAUUCCACCAGUACCUUUUUGGAAGGAGAUUUACGCUUCUAACUGACCACAAACCACUGACAGCCCUGCUGGGGCCACACGCGGGCAUUCCACCAUUGGCUGCAAGCAGAAUGCAGAGAUGGGCCCUGCUGCUCUCAGGCCAUGAUUAUGACAUUAAGUACCGCCGAUCCGAAUUGCAUGGUAAUGCGGAUGGCCUCUCCCGCUUACCGCUCCGCGUAGCAAAGCCAAUGACCCAACCAAGCGACAUCUUCUACUUCCAGCACGUGAGCGACACCCCUGUCACUGCUAAACAGGUGCGACGUGCCACCCGAAACGAUCCGGUGUUAUCAGCUGUAAUGGAUGCCAUCAUAAAAGGCAGGAGAAUCCCAAGCACGCCUGACAUCAAACCAUAUUUGGUCAGGCAACAAGAGCUUUCUGCACAGUUGGGGUGUUUGCUGUGGGGCAGAAGGGUCAUCAUACCCCCUUCUCUGCGGGGCCCAAUGCUGAAACAACUCCACGUCGGGCACUGUGGCAUAGUGCGUAUGAAGGAGCUGGCCCGCAGCUAUUUCUGGUGGCCGGGGCUAGACCAGCACAUCGAGGACUUUGCAGGCCGCUGCACUGCCUGCCAAACUGUGCGAAACGCACCUAAACCAGCAGCAGUCCAUCCAUGGGAAUGGCCCGCGGAGCCGUGGCAGCGUAUACACAUUGACUUUGCGGGACCAUUCGAAGACAGAAUGUUGUUGGUGGUGGUGGACGCUCACAGCAAAUGGCCAGACGUGGCCAUCAUGCGUUCUACAACCACCAGGAAAACCAUUGAGCGUCUGGAGGAAAUGUUCAGCCGGUAUGGAAUACCGGAACAGCUGGUGAGCGACAACGGACCCCAAUUUGUCGCAGAAGAGAUGGAGGCCUUCCUCAAGAUGAAUGGAAUUCAACACAUUAAGUCAGCACCCUACCACCCGUCCACCAAUGGACUGGCGGAGAGAUUCGUACAAACCUUGAAGCACAGUCUAAAGGCUUCAGUGUUCCAAGGUUCCCUUCAUCAGCGACUGUACAGUUUCCUGCUGACUUACCGAAACACGCCACACAGCACCACUAAGGCGUCGCCCGCUGAACUCCUCCUGAAAAGAGCGCUGCGCACCCAAUUGGAUUGCAUACGGCCGCAGUCAAGGAGCCAAACUGUCCUGAGCAGUCAGCAAGAGCAGAGCCAACGUAGGGCAGGCACACCACGGUCUUUUCACAUUGGUGACCCGGUCCUAGCUCGCAACUACCUAAGGGGUCCCAGGUGGGUGCCAGCGAAGGUAGUGGCCAUUACUGGGCCGCUUUCAUACCAAGUACGCACCAACGAUGACUUAGUGUGGCGUCGUCAUACGGACCAACUGCUGGCCAGCAAAGGCCCUGCCCCGGAACCAAUGGGUUCCCCCCUGCAAGAUAUCUCCGACGGGGCAGACGCGGUGGAGGACCAGGCCGCCCCUGACACCCUGUCAACCACCCUUCAAGAGGACAACGUCACAGACCAGGUUCCCCAGCCCCCAUUGACAACGGAUUCAGCGCCACCGUUGUCUCCGGUGACCCAUCAUCCUCACCGGUAUCCCACGCGGGAGCGACGGCCUCCUGACCGCCUGAACUUGUAG